AUGUCCUUUCAGCCAGAGAGCAAAUCGGACGCCGAAGCACUUGUCCCUCAAUUCCAGCUUGAAAGAGUGCUCAAUCAAGACCAAAAUGGUCGCCGUAUAUCUCUCCUAGGCCAGAUUGCCUCUCUACCAGCCUUGAUCACCCUCGAACGGGCCGCGUUCCCUACGGAGCCAGGGUUAAUCUCCAGCCUCCUUGCAUCUCUGACAAAUACUCAAAAUCUCGGCGCCAACGACAUCUACAGGUGGUACAUGGCCAAUCGGUCCAUCAAACCCUCAUCUACAAUGACGACCAUCACCACAACCACGGCAUCCUCGAGACACAGCGGCUCAGCACCUGAUCCCCAAAUACCCGACCUGAAACUCAACCUGAUCUACCCAUGCACCCUACAGCAUAUCCGGAAAUACUCGGCACAACCCGUGCGCAUGGUGACCGAGACACCGGAAAUCUAUGCCACGCAUAUCAAGCCGUACGUAGCACGCCAACGAGCUGCAGGGCGCCUUGACUGGGUCUUUAACAUCCUCGAAGGCCGCACUGAACAGGACGAUGUCAUCGCCCGAUAUGACUGGGACUCGCCCUCUGAUUCGGGCUUUCUCCUUCUCCCGGAUCUGAACUGGGAUCGCAAGACCGUCCAAGGCAUGCACCUUCUGGCUCUGGUGCAGCGGCGCGACAUUUGGUCCUUGCGUGACCUCAAGAAGAAGCACAUCCCGUGGCUUAAGAGUGUGCGUGACCAACUCGUGACCGCAGCGACCAAGGUGUUCGAGCCCGGGCAGGUCGAGCCGGACGAAAUCAAAUGCUACAUCCAUUACCAGCCGACAUACUAUCACUUUCACAUCCACGCUGUGCAUGUCAUGCUGGAAGCCGGUACGACACAGAGCGUCGGGAAAGCAUUUGGUUUGGGUAACAUCAUAUCACAGCUAGAGACAAUGCAGGGGGACGAAGAGGCUGGAAUGGACACAGCCGAUCUGUUGUAUUUCGUGGGCGCAGAGCACGAAUUAUGGAAGCGAUGUUUCGGGCGAAUAAAAAGCGGUGAGCCGGUUGACUUGAACUAG